UGGCGAGGCCCUCAAGGGCCUAAUGGCAUGAAAUCAAGUCAUCCCCAGUUUGUCACUAACAACUGAACUCAAUCAGGUGGGAUGGAAAAUUCAUGAUGAAAGACAGCUCGAUUCUCUCGUGGAGAGGGCUAUGGUAGUGGUUAGAGCGCAGCGAAGCAUUGAAGGGGAAUUUGGCAACUAUAACAACUUAAUAAACCCGUUUAGAAAUCAUUUGGCCUGUUCCCGUGUUAAUGGUGACUUUCCCUACUCCCACUAGUGUCCCCAGUCAGAAAACCAACCUUGCAACUUUUGGACUACUGUCCCGUUGAGUUGGAAAUAGGAAGAAUCGUGAGAAGCGAGAACGCAAUGUUCUAUGAUACUGUGUAUAAUGUAUUACCCACCUCGGUAGACAUUGCUCCACACGAAAAAGUUGCCCAGCUACAAAUGCCCAUCAGCAGUAGUAGAAAGGGGGAGUAGGGUGCCACAAGUGAGUUUUUUUACGACAGUUUUGUGAAAUAUACGUCCCAGAGCUGUAGGGGGAGCUCGUUGAGAAAACAUGCGACGACAAAAGUGAAAACCAGCGAAGAAAUGGCCAGAGUUGCCAAGUUACCCUUUAAAAAGUUGUCUUUUAUGUUUUUUUAUUAAAUAGCAGAUAGGAAGGGUGGCUAAGUUUAUUUUGAAAUAUUUUUUUUAAAGUUUUCUGCUGUGAAUCUCAUACAUUCACAGAACCACUUAAGUCUUAAUAUUUCAUAGUUUGUUUUUUUAACAUACUUACAGAUAUAUUUUGAAUUUUUUGUAUUAUUUUACAAGCUAUAAAUAAUUUUAGACCCUGAUUCGGUUCAAUACAAGGAUACAAGGUAAUUAAUUCCUUUUACAACACAGGGUUGCUUAAUGAAAUUCAGGUUUGUAGUACUCUUUAUGUUAAUUGUAAAAAGGUCACACUGCAAAAAAAAUCUGAUCUGUUUGAACCACAUAUAAAAGUCGUCCAAUUCAUAAACAGAAAAGAUCAAAAUCAGUGUGAUCUGUGCUGUUCACACUGUCAUGAAAAAAAAAGAUCUGAGUCACAUAUAAGAAAAAAAUUAUUUUGAUUUUGGCCACUUAGAAUUUGUGCAUUUAGUACUGUAUUGCAAAUACUUUUCCAUUUUAUGCAGCUUUAUACUUCUACUCCACUACAUCUCAGAGGGAAAAAAUUUACUUUUUAUUUCAAAGCUUUAGUUAUUUUUCAUACCCUUAUUAUCCCCAAAUUUGGUGAUUUUGAAUGUUUCUAAACAAUUGAAUGAUUAAGUGUUCCUUUAAGAGUUCAGAAAAUGUCUCCUAAGCUAAAUAAACAAUUUAAAACUCCUCUCAAAUUAGCUAGAAAACUCAUUUUUAUUUUAUUUUAUUUUAUUUUAUUUUUUAUUCUCUUAUGAAGCUUUUCAGAGAUGCGUGGAGCCUAAAGGACAGUGACACUACAAACAUAUGAACUUCUUGAAGAAUAUGAUGCAUUGCUGUAAAACAAACUCCCCAACAGUAUAUAAAGUAGUUAAAAUGAGCUCAACCUUAAAACAGUAAAAUGCAACAUUAAUGCAGCAGUUAUCCUCCGGGCUGUUGCUGUGUGUCAUAUCUGUCAGCAGGUGGCGCCUCUCAGCACAGAUCAGCUCCUCCGUGCUGACAUCCAGGUUCAGCUUCUCUUGGCAGCUCUCCUCCCCGUUAUAUCCCCUCACACGUCAGGCCAGUGCUGCAUGGACUCGGUAGUGUAAUUUUUUUCAGGCUGCACAAAUAUUUAUUUCACAUUUUCUGCCCAGAGUGUCUGACCGUCUUUGAAGAAUAUGGAGAAAGAGAGCAAAUCCUCUAAACAGUACGGCUCUUUGGAAGAGACGCAGGUGGACAGAGAGACGGAGAAAUCAACAGACGACGUCAUUUCGAUGGCUGACUCCACAAUUACGAUUGAGGAAAUUGAAGGAGAGCUGUGCAAAAUUGAGCGGAUAAGAGACAUCCUCGUACGGAGAGAAUCAGAGCUGAGAUACAUGAUGGAUGACAUCCAGCUCUGCAAAGAAAUCACAAGGCUGAAGACAGAGCUGCAGAAACUUGUCUCAGUCCAAGAACAGGACAAGUCCAAGGAGGACAAGGAGAGGGAAGAAGAGCUGCUGCAGCAGAUCAACAAGCUGGUGGAGACCAGAGACUUCCUCGUGGAUGAUGUGGAGUUUGAAAGGCUGAGGGAACGGGAGGAAGACAGAGACAUGGCUGCCUUCUUACAGUCUAAAUUUCCCAAGACAUUGGCUGCAAAAGGUGCAUUGGAAGAUCAAAAGGUGGCGUCCAAAUCCCAGCAGACAUCAGCACCAUUUAUCACUAAAACUGGAAUCACAUUACUGAAAGACUGCUGUGGCUUCACCUGCUCUAUCAUGUAACACUGUGUGUGUGUGUGUGUGUGUGUGUGUGUGUGUGUGUGUGUGUGUGUGUGUGUGUGUGUGUGCGUGUGUGUGCGUGUGUGUGUGCGUGUGUGUGUGGGGG